UCUCCUUCUUUCUUCUCUCUGAUAGUACUGCUACUGCAUAUUCACAUUAUUCAAUUAUUAAAAAAAAUUCUUUCUUUUCUCUUGGAGAAGAGCAGCUUUAAUGGCAGCAGCACAGAAAUAACAAGAAGAAAACAACAAAUUCGUCCUUUUUCUGGGUUUAAGAAUCAAAGGGUUUUUGGGAUUUAUUGGUACACAAGAGGAAGAAAAAAAUGCCAUUGACAAGAUAUGAGAUAAGGAAUGAAUACGCAUUAGCUGAUCCACAGCUUUAUAAACAACCUCCUAAUCUUAAAGAUGAUCCUGAAGCGCUGCUUGAAGCUGUGGCCAUGUCCGGUUUUGUUGGUCUUCUUCGUCAACUCGGUGACCUUGCUGAGUUUGCGUCGGAGAUAUUCCAUGACCUCCAUGAAGAAGUGAUGACAACUUCAGCUAGAGGUCACGGACUAAUGACUCGUCUCCAGCAGAUUGAGGCAGAUGUCCCGUUAGUUGAGAGAGGAUUGCUUUCACAGACUAGUUUCUCUCAAUUCCUUCAUAAUGGAGGUGUUGACUGGCAUACAAAUUUCAGAAUCGACCAGAAUCAGAUUACUCGGGGAGAUUUGCCUCGAUUUAUUAUGGAUUCUUAUGAAGAAUGUCGAGGCCCACCUCGGUUAUUUCUGCUUGACAAGUUUGAUACAGCGGGUGCUGGAGCUUGUUUAAAGAGAUAUUCUGAUCCUUCAUUUUACAAAUCCUUUUCUGAAACAACACAAAUAGAAGGUCAGAGCGAAAAGAGAGCCCGUAAAUUUAAGAGGAAAUCCGCAUAUCGGAAAUAUGGAGAAACUCUGGGAUCGACCCCAACAUCACAUCCCAAAUUGCAUGAGUUGUUGUCAGAGGAUAAAAUCCAGACUCAGAAUGGUCGUCCACCCAUUCAUCAUGUGAGAUUGAAAAAGAGGACAUCAAGUUCCUCCCUUCUUAAUUCCCCAACUGGGAAAAGCUACAUGGAGAAAUAUCUGGUUUCUGUUUCACCCUUAAGCAAUCCUCCUUAUGAAAGUCCUCUGCGGUUAGAGAUGGAACCCAGUAAUUCGUCUGGCCUGAUUCAGGAAAUACACGAGGUUCAUGUAAGUAGUAGCCCUGUGAACAAAUCAAGGAAGAGAGAGAUAAGUUCAGCUCCUUCUCCUAGUAAACAGGGCAUGGUUCGUAAACAAUCUUUGGAUGAUUUAAAUGUAAACAUUGUUGAGAAAGAAGUUUUGAAGUUGUCGGAAUCAACUCCAGACGUUAAAUUAGAGAAUAUACCAUCCACACGUGGUAUGGCAGAGGAUGGAAAGGAAGUAGUUGGGGACAAUAAGGACAGGAAAACGGAAACAAGUUCAGAUGGGUAUCGGUCUGACGACAUAAAUGAGGUGGAAAAUUACGUCGAUGCCUCUCCUACAAUGGAACGAGAAGCUGAAACAGAAGUUGAUGAAAGAUGCAAGGGUGAUAUAAAUGUUUUCAUGGAUGAGAGAAAAGGCGGGGAUUCUAACAAGCAUGAAGAAAGGGAGAAGCUUGAAGCUCAGUGUUCGGCUUCAAUGUCAGCUGGAAAUUCUUAUCCUUCAGAUGAUGACAAUAAUUCACUCAUUGAAGGUAGAUUCAGUUUAUCUUACUCCAGUCCUCCAAGCAAAUUGUCUAAAACUACCCCAGCGAAUGGUGAUGCAGCAGCCGAAGUACAUAGUUUCACAGAUAGAGUAGUUGACAGCGGCAGUUAUAUCUUGGACCAUGAUACUGAUAAGAAAAACAAAUCUCAGGUAGUGGUUCCACCAAAAGAUAUUGAAGAUAGUGCCACUGAAAAUUUGUCAAAUGGAGGGCUUGAGAUAGCAGAAGUUCAGUAUUCAGACACAGCAGCACUGCCUGAUGCUAGCACGGAUGAUCAACCGGUUGGUGUGAAGCCUGGUUGCGUAGUCAUGGAAGCAGAGAAUGGUAUUUCAUUGACUACAGAAAAUAAGCCUGCUGCACUGGGGUUACCAUUAGUUGGCAUUGAUUGUCCUGAAGUAGAAAAUAAUCCUGUAGUACUGCCUAACGGAUCAGCUAGUGACUUGGUCGAAGAUAAAACUCCAGCGGAUUGGGUUCUUUUUAACUCUUUCAGUAAGAAGGAAGUUGCUGGUGCCCCUCUUGACUUCUUCUCUAGAACCGCCAAAUCUGAUACUUCAGAGUCAGCAUCAACGGAGGAGGCUUACUCACAUUUCACUCACUUAGGCAGUAAAGCCAUUUAUGAGGUUGUUAAUGGCACAUGCCAUGGUGCACUUGGGUCUCCAUCUGAGGGUACACUGAAGUUGCAAAAUGGAAGUAAUAGCAAUGGUGAUCUAUGCCUAGAUAAGCCAGAAACUAAUGAAUUCUCAACUGAGACGCGUCAAAUUGGGAAAGAAUCAGCAGUUGACCCUACAAGUUUCAACCUUGAGUCACAUGAGCCUUCUGGUUCUGAGUUAUUAGAUAAUGUUGAUGAUUCACUCUGCUCUGCACGAGGAGAAAACCAUUUGAAUCUCAGUGAUGACACAAAUGAUCUCCUAACAUUGAGGUUAAGUGAUCGAGAAUCAGAGUCAAAACAGCCUCCUCUGGAACAUCUUUCUAACAGUACUGAAGGGACCAUGCCAUCAGGUAGCCGUUCGCCCCCAGAAUCUGGAUCCCAUUCUGAGAAUGGAUUUGAAGACAGCACUGAUCAAGUCUCUGAAGUAACUCAUCAUCAACCAUUGGGUAAUGCAAAACCUGUAAAUCCAUCUGCAUCCUUCCCACUGGCAGACAAUGAAAAGCCGCCACAAGAUCCCCUGAACUUGAAAGAAGAAACAGUGCAGACCUGUAUUGACCCAUCUACUACACAACCAGCCACAGCAACUGAGAUGAUUCAACAAGAUUUCCCAACUCCAGAGGCAAACACACUCUUGCAUUUACCUGCCCAAGAAGGUGAGAACUUUCAGCAAGAUUCCGUUUCAGGGACAGAAACAGAGCCCAUGUCAAAGUCACUCAAGCCUUUCCGGUAUGCUUCCCUACCUUCAGAAACAGAAGCGAUAGACCCUCAACAUUUACAAGCAGCGGCACUAACUAGAGAAGAUGACAUACCUUUCGUGGGACAACGGGUGCAGCCUCAUAAUUCACUCACUACACCAAAUCAUGGGUCGGAACAUGGUCUUGUAAAUCUAGAGGAAGAAUUGAUGGAUUUUGAAGAUGGAAUUCGCAGAACCAAGAUACCCCGUGGUCCCCGCCCACCCGACGCUCUCAUCGAAGCUGUUGCUUCUCAUGACAAAAGCAGGUUGAGAAAGGUAACAGAACGAGCUCUCUCUCAGCUUCAACCAAAGGAGGAUGAAAGGAAUUCAUUGCUAGAGCAGAUAAGAAACAGGUCGUUCAGCCUGAAACCAGCUGCUGUUACAAGACCUAGUGUUCAGGGUCCCAGAACCAACCUGAAACUUGUUGCCAUUCUGGAAAAAGCAAAUGCCAUUCGCCAGGCAUUAGCUGGAAGUGACGACGAUGAUGACGAGGAUGGUUGGAGUGAUUCUUGAACACUAACUUGUUGUUCAGACCUUUCCUUCGAGCAGUGAUCAUACCAGAUAACAAACUGAUUUAUCAGUCUUUCUCGUUAUCUCUUCAAGCAUACACGACUGGGAUGACCGAAUGUAUUCAUGGAACACUCCCCCAAGUCUCAAUCCUGCUAGGCUAUAUGCAUCCCAUCAAAUGUACAGAAUAGAUGCUCAUAUUUUGUGUUCUAUUCGAUUGUAGUUAGUAUUUUUUUACCCACAGCAAUUCGCUUGUGGGAUAAAAUGACUAUGGAUGCAUAACAUUGUGCACUAGUUCCAUACCAUACCAUAUAUCAUAUAAUACCAUACUACACCAUAUGUAGAAAGCAUUGUAAUUAGUUAGUAUAUGAAAACAUCUCCACUGUAAAACAAUUUUUCAACUAAGUGUUGCAAAGUUAUGAUACUAAAUUUAUCA